UAGGUUCUUUGGGCUUCUUGUGCCAUUGUUCUACUACACAAUUGUCUUUCGUUUUUGUAAUCACGAAAUUAACAGAAAUGAUUCAUAAAAUAUGUGAUGUACUAUUCAUGUUUCCGUCACAAUUAAAAAUUUAUCCUCAAAUUGCAGAAUCCCAACCGCACCUCAUCUUCCAUUUCUACUGCAAUAUUGUACCUUCCUUUCUCACAUCAACACAAAUCCUUCACCCUUUGCUGCUCCUCCAUGUGCAUUAGGGUCUCCCAAACUAACUUCAAACCAUGCCUUUUUGCUCUCGGUCCCAGUCAUAGAGUGCAUCACCAUUGCUGUAGCUCGGUGGCGAAGCUCGAAGUCCCAAAGGUAAAGAUCAUUCCUUGCUGCCAUUGCGUUCCAUUGAGUGUAUUUUUAUGGAAAAAUUGAAGAACUAACACAUGCAACUGCUUUCUCCGCGAGGACUCUCUGUUCCACAACAAAAGAAAUGCACCAACACCCAAGCUUCACAGAUCCAGGGCCAAUAAAAACCCAUCUAUGUUCCCAUUGAUGCACAGGAUUGGACUCCGAUGUCGUGGAUGACGGCAUGCAAAAGAAAUGCUGGGACCACGCAGAGCCGUUGUAAAUGGGAAGAGAAAUCACUGAAGGCGUGGAUCCAAAAUAAAAGAUCCGUGUAUGACAAGGAAAAAAAAAACAAAGGAGAACCCUCGGAGGCUAGAGAACCGUGUAAAGAAAAGGACAUCGGAGCUGUGAUAGAUCCGAGAGAGAAUGCUCAAGCUGCAGAUUUAGUCAACAAAAAUGGCAAAAGAAGUUUCCAAGUUACCACGACUUCGGAUCUGAAAGUUAUGGCGCCGUAUCUCCGCUGGAAUCCAUGCUGGAUGUUUAAACUUCUGUAAAUGAGAAUGGCAUGCAUGUAUUAUCUGUGAAAUCACCCCAAAAGUUUAGAUCUGUACGGGGAUGAGAUUUUUGGACCUAGAACACGCCUUCUCCCAGUAAUAAAAGUGAAUGAAAACCUGGAUCAGCCCUGAA